ACCUCUAGAGAUAGCAAUAAAGCUUUUUCAGCUAUUUGUAAUUCGCGAUUUAAUCACGAAACGCGCCACUUCUAAUGUAAGGAUUGCUAAAAGGAAAAUUUGGGAAAAAGAACCCAUUGUAUGGGAAAUACUUCAAGAAGUUAUGCGGGGACAUCCUGUACUGUUAAAUAGAGCACCUACCCUGCAUAGAUUAGGCAUACAUGCCUUUCAACCCACUUUAGUAGAGGGGCGUACUAUUUCUUUACACCCAUUAGUGUGUAAGGGUUUCAAUGCGGACUUUGAUGGAGAUCAAAUGGCUGUUCAUCUACCUUUAUCCUUGGAAGCUCAGGCAGAAGCCCGUUUACUUAUGUUUUCUCAUAUGAAUCUCUUAUCUCCCGCUAUUGGGGAUCCUAUUUGCGUACCAACCCAAGACAUGCUUAUCGGGCUUUAUGUAUUAACGAUUGGAAAGCGUCGAGGUAUUUGUGCAAAUAGAUAUAAUAGUUGCAGAAACUACCCAAAUCUAAAAGUAAAUUACAAUAAUAAUAAUAAUUCUAAAUAUAGGAAAGAUAAAGAACCCCAUUUUUCUAGUUCUUAUGAUGCACUGGGAGCUUAUAGACAAAAACUAAUCAGUUUAGAUAGUCCCUUGUGGCUACGAUGGAACCUGGAUCAACGCGUCAUUGGGUCAAGAGAAGUUCCGAUUGAAGUUCAAUAUGAAUCUUUGGGGACUUAUCAUGAGAUUUAUGCCCACUAUCUAAUAAUGGGAAAUAGAAAAAAGAAAUUCGUUCGAUAUACAUUCGAACCACUCUUGGUCAUAUUUCUUUUUAUAGAGAAAUAGAGGAAGCCAUACAAGGAUUUAGUCAGGCCUAUUCAUACACUACCUAAACAAGAAAGAAAGUUAGAUUCGGCGAUGCCCCUCCCCUUUCGGGGGGCAUUCCGAUUUCCCUAGUAUCAUCAUUAUUUGCCACGCGAAUCCAGAUUGAGAUUGAGGCAAGUUAAUUAAAUUUUCGAAUCACUGACUCAGGCCCAUUGUCGAAUCCUACUCAGCAAUUGUCGAAUCCUACUCAGCCGAAAAGGGGGUACUUAUGUAUGGCGGAACGGGCCAAUCUGGUCUUUCAUAAUAAAGAGAUAGACGGAACUGGUAUGAAACGACUUAUUAGCAGAUUAAUAGAUCAUUUUGGAAUGGUAUAUACAUCCCAUAUACUGGAUCAACUAAAGACUCUGGGCUUCCAUCAAGCCACUACUACAUCGAUUUCGUUAGGAAUCGAGGAUCUUUUAACAAUACCCUCUAAGGGAUGGUUAGUCCAAGACGCGGAACAACAGAGUUUUCUUUUGGAGAAACACUAUUAUUAUGGGGCUGUACACGCGGUAGAAAAAUUACGCCAAUCUGUUGAGAUAUGGUAUGCGACAAGUGAAUAUUUGAAACAAGAAAUGAAUUCAAAUUUUCGGAUAACGGAUCCUUCUAAUCCAGUCUAUCUAAUGUCUUUUUCAGGAGACAGAGGAAAUGCAUCUCAAGUACACCAAUUAGUAGGUAUGAGAGGAUUAAUGUCGGACCCUCAAGGACAAAUGAUUGAUUUACCUAUUCAAAGCAAUUUACGCGAGGGACUUUCUUUGACAGAAUAUAUAAUUUCCUGCUAUGGAGCCCGCAAAGGGGUUGUAGAUACUGCUGUGCGAACAGCAGAUGCUGGAUAUCUUACACGUAGACUUGUUGAAGUAGUUCAACAUAUUAUUGUGCGUAGAAGAGAUUGUGGUACUAUCCGAGGUAUUUCUGUAAGUCAUCAAAAUGGGAUGACGGAAAAACUUUUUGUCCAAACACUAAUUGGUCGUGUAUUAGCAGACGAUAUAUAUAUCGGUUCACGAUGCAUUGCCGCGCGAAAUCAAGAUAUUGGAAUUGGAUUAGUCAAUCGAUUCAUAACUGCCUUUCGAGCACAACCAUUUCGAGCACAACCAAUAUAUAUUAGAACCCCCUUUACUUGCCGAAGCACUUCUUGGAUCUGUCAAUUAUGCUAUGGCCGGAGUCCUACUCAUAGUGAUCUGGUCGAAUUGGGAGAAGCCGUAGUUAUUAUUGCGGGUCAAUCAAUUGGGGAGCCAGGGACUCAACUAACAUUAAGAACUUUUCAUACUGGCGGAGUAUUCACAGGGGGUACUGCCGACCUUGUACGAUCCCCUUCGAAUGGAAAAAUAAAAUUCAAUGAGAAUUUGGUUCACCCCACACGUACCCGUCAUGGGCAGCCUGCUUUUCUAUGUUAUAUAGACUUGCAUGUAACUAUUCAGAGUCAAGAUAUUCUAUAUAGUGUGAAUAUUCUCUCAAAAAGCUUGAUUCUAGUGCAAAAUGAUCAAUAUGUAAAAUCCGAACAAGUAAUUGCGGAGAUUCGUGCCGGAACGUCCACUUUACAUUUUAAAGAAAGGGUACAAAAGCAUAUUUAUUCUGAAUCAGACGGCGAAAUGCACUGGAGUACUGAUGUUUACCAUGCGCCCGAAUAUCAAUAUGGUAAUCUUCGCCGAUUACCAAAAACAAGCCAUUUAUGGAUAUUGUCAGUAAGUAUGUGCAGAUCCAGUAUAGCGUCUUUUUCAAUCCACAAGGAUCAAGAUCAAAUGAAUACUUAUGGUAAAAAAGAUAGGGAAAUUCUUGAUUAUUCAACGUCGGAUCGAAUCAUGUCCAAUGGCCAUUGGAAUUUUAUCUAUCCUUCUAUUUUUCAAGAUAAUUCAGAUUUGUUGGCGAAAAAGCGAAGAAAUAGGUUCGUCAUUCCAUUACAAUAUCAUCAAGAACAAGAGAAAGAACUAAUAUCCUGUUUUGGGAUUUCGAUUGAAAUCCCCCUUAUGGGUGUUUUACGUAGAAAUACUAUAUUUGCUUAUUUUGACGAUCCCCGAUACAGAAAAGAUAAAAAGGGUUCAGGAAUUGUUAAAUUUAGAUAUAGGACCCUAGAAGAAGAAUAUAGGACUCGAGCGGAAGACUCAGAAGAGGAAUAUGAGACCCUAGAAGAUGAAUACAGGACCCGAGAGGACGAAUAUGAAUAUGAAACCCUAGAAGAAUCUAAAUAUCGAAUCCUAGAAGAUGAAUACGAAUAUGAAACCCUAGAAGACGAAUAUGGGAGCCCAGAAAACGAAUAUGGGAACCCAGAGAACGAAUAUAGGACUUUAGAGAAAGUCUCGGAAGAGGAAUAUGGGAGCCCAGAGAGCAAAUAUAGGACCCAAGAGGACGAAUAUGGUACUCUAGAGGAAGACUCAGAAGACGAAUAUGGCAGCCCCGGGGAAAGCGCAGAGGAAAAAUAUGGUACUUUAGAGGAAGACUCAGAAGAAGAUUCAGAGGACGAAUACGAGAGCCCAGAGGAAGAUUCCAUCUUAAAAAAAGAGGGUUUGAUUGAGCAUCGAGGAACAAAAGAAUUUAGUCUAAAAUACCAGAGCCAGAGGAAAUGCAUCUCAAGUACACCAAUUAGUAGGUAUGAGAGGAUUAAUGUCGGACCCUCAAGGACAAAUGAUUGA